CCUUCCUCUUCCGCCGCGGCUCCGGCGCCUGUAACACGAGUGUUCAUCUUUUCCCUCUUAACGUGAGGCGAAGUAAAGAUACUGGACCGACUGGAAACACGUUGCUGACAAAAUGAAACCCAUCCUGCUCCAGGGCCAUGAGAGGUCCAUCACUCAAAUCAAGUACAACAGAGAAGGAGACCUGCUCUUCUCUGUAGCCAAAGACACGGUAGCCAACGUAUGGUACUCUGUCAAUGGAGAGAGGCUUGGCACCUACAAUGGACACACAGGAGCUGUGUGGUGUGUCGACUGUGACUGGGACACUAAAAACGUAUUGACGGGAUCAGCAGACAACAGCUGUCGACUGUGGGACUGUGAGACAGGUAAACAGCUGGCCCUGCUCAACACCAACUCUGCUGUGCGAACGUGCGGCUUCGACUUCAGCGGCAACAUCAUCAUGUUCUCCACAGACAAGCAGAUGGGUUACCAGUGCUUCCUGAACUUCUUUGACCUGAGGGAUCCACAGCAGAUCGAGGACAACCAGCCGUACCUGUCAGUACCCUGCAGUGACCACAAGAUCACCAGUGCUGUGUGGGGACCCCUGGGAGAGUUUGUCAUCGCUGGUCACGAGAACGGAGAGUUCAACCAGUUCAGCGCCAAGUCUGGAGAGAUCCUGAAGAAGGCCAAAGAGCACACCAAGCAGAUCAACGACAUCCAGACAUCAGUGGAUCUCACCAUGUUCAUCAGUGCCUCCAAGGACAACACCGCUAAGCUGUUUGACUCCACUUCUCUGGAUCACAUCAAGACUUUCAAGACAGAGAGACCGGUCAACUCAGCUGCCAUCUCCCCCAUCAUGGAUCAUGUGGUGAUGGGAGGUGGACAGGAGGCCAUGGAGGUCACAACCACCUCCACCAGGAUCGGCAAGUUUGAGGCCAGGUUCUUCCACGCUGCCUAUGAGGAGGAGUUCGGCAGAGUCAAAGGUCAUUUCGGCCCCAUCAACUGUGUGGCAUUCCACCCUGACGGCAAGAGUUACAGCAGCGGAGGAGAGGACGGAUACGUAAGGAUUCAUUACUUUGACCCUCAGUACUUUGACUUUGAACUGGAGGCGUAAAAAGCCAGGCCCCCCCGACCCCACAGCUACAGCUGACGUCGCACUCAGUCCAGUCAGGAAGAAGGAAUAACAGACUCAAGUGCAUUUACAGUGUAAACACCUGGCCUCAGUCCCUCCAUCUGAACUGAUCUGAAGUCAGUGCACGUCUCACAGAUUACUUCAAAUAAAGGUAAAGACGUCACAAGAGAGUUUCUGGUGUUUCUGAAGUCAUUUUUCUAACAUCACUGGAAACUGUCUUGGUGGGAUCACAAGCAGUUUUUGUACCCUGGACCUGCGGAGCCUCGUGACUGGACUUACAACCCACACUCCCCGAUUCCCAAGUCUAUUUAAUCUGAGUUAUUGAUUUAGUUUCUGUUGUAAGCCAUUUCACAACAAGUCACCAUAAAAGUGCUAAAUUCAA